AUGGCACAAACAGGCGUGGCGGGCGUUCUGCUCGGCCCUCUGACCACAACAUGGACGAUGCCCCAGUCUUGCUCAAUCUUCAUGCCGGGCUGUUCGACAUGCGACAACGCGUACAAUGGACAGUCGUGCAAUCCUACAAGUGGUGGUCAAGUGAUGGACAAUACGGCAUGCUGGCCGCCAGCAUCCAGCGGAGUUGCCUCGCCGACGUGGCCCUUUGUGGGCUGGGGAUUCUAUUCUCCUGGGUUGGCUUGUCCCGCGGGAUACACGAGCGCUUGUACGGCGGUUUACGGGCAAAGACCGCCAUGGUCGACGCAAUUUUCUUUGGUGCCGUCAGAGACUGCCAUCGGCUGCUGCCCAACAGGAUUCGCAUGUGCCAAUGUAAAUGGAAACACAUGCACAGCAACCGUCACACACUCAACUGUCGAAACCGCCUUCUGUUCCGGCACUCACCUCGUUGACGUUGGAGCCGCAACACUUCCAACAAUUAUCACCGUGACGACGCCCGAGACAAGCUCAGGAACUACAAAAUAUUGGGAAUCUUCGACGUCUACACGCACAAUGAUCCUGUACGCCCCGAUGUUCCAGCUCAACUUCCACGAAAGCGACUUGCCAGCCUCGACAACCGCCUCGUCCACUGCAUCAAGCACAUCAUCUUCAGCGUCUGAAACGGGCAGCGGCAACGGCACGUCGUCAAAAUCAUCAGGGGGCCUAUCCAACGGGGCUAAAAUCGGACUAGGCGUCGGCAUCGGCCUCGGCGUGGCAUUUCUGCUGGCGUUUGGUGCCUUCAUCUACUAUUACCGGCGCUCACGAAACAACGCAGUGCCUCUUGGAAGUGAGCUCCCGAACAAUCAAAUCUCCGUUGAAGACCCCCAGACUCCAAAGAUUAAACAGUCGCCCGGUCAGAUUUACGAAAUGGGCGUGUAUCAUGCACCUGCGGAAUUGCCUGGUAGUGUCAUAGAAGGCGGCUACCAAGACAGCCCCCCAGGAAGCGAAUCUCACAGGUACACCUGA